AUGCGCGCCGCGGCCUGGGCGCUGCUGACGGCGGCGCUGGCGGCUGCGGCCGCGUGCCCCGCGGCGACGGCGGCCGAAAACGCUACCACCGCAACCACCGACCCGGCCCUGCUGCCCUUCAUGGCCGUGGCCGACGCGCCCACCAACCGGGGCCUGAAGCCGCAGCGGUGGCCUAAGUUCGGGCGCAUGCAUUACUACCAAAUCCCGCCCGACCCGAUCGGCACGCUCGUCAUCUUCCACGGCUGCGGCCGCGCCUCCAAAGCCUUCUUCCCCUGGAACCCCGACACCUGUGAGGAGUGCCUGGGCUUCCCGGAGCACGUGUCGCAGACGAAGCAGGCGCUGGCGCUGGGCUACGCUGUGCUGGCGCUGGACCCACUCGACUUCCGCCACCUCUGCUGGUCCUCAUCCGACAGAGGCUCGGGCAGGCUGAAGCACGCCGGCAACGACCAGCCCACCGUCAGGCUGCUGCUCAGGGAGUUUCUGACGGCGCAGGGCCUGAAGGAGAAGCCCCUGCUGCUGCUGGGCGUCUCCAGCGGCGGCACGCUGGCCCUCAAGCUGGCUGUGGCGCUGGAGAAGGAGGCGGAGGCGGCGGGCGAGGGCGAGUGGGUGCCGCGCGCCAGCGGCGUCAUCUCGGAGGAAUCUGUGCCCACCGACUUUGGCGCCGCCGACGAUGAUGGGAAGCUGCGGUACCGCGGCUUCCCGCCCACCAUCUUUGUGGUGAUGACGGGCGGCAACAGCCGGCUGGACGCGCCGGGGGUGGUGGAGUUUCUGCGGGACGGCGGCGUGCCCGCCGACGUCAUCACGUCCGGCCCGCGCCCCGUCGUGCCCACCUUCUUCUCCGACCGCAUCCCGGCCAUCACGCAGCAGCAGAGCCGGUGGAUUGUGGAGGGCAUGACUUACAUCGGCAUGCUGGAUGCAGACGGCUGGCUGCUCGGCGACCCGGAGCGCAACAGGAACGUGCGCAAGAACACUACCUCCCCCGCCUUCAACUGGGACACCAAGCUCAAGGCCCUGCUGCCCUGGCUGGCCGACGACAGCCCCACCCUCAGCCUGUCGUACCGGCAGUGCGGCAUCCAGCAGGCCCUCAACGUCGCCUACGCCCGCCACGACGCAGUGUCAGGCGAGCCCGCAGCUGCCAGGCGUCGCGGCUUGUACUACCUGACCGUCUGCCUCAAGUGGCUGGAGUCUGGCGGCAAGGCUGACCUGCCUGAGCUGUUGGAGCGGUACACGGUACCGGACUUUAACCUUACGGCGCUGACCAUAAACGGUCUGGAAGCGCCCGACUUUGGCGCCGCGGAGGAGGAGGAGGGGGGCGCUGCGGCAGGCGGCUCCGUGGCUGACGAGGCCGCGGCUGGCAAGGAUGCCGCGGGCGAGGGCGCGGCGGCGGGCGGCAGCGCGGCCGGCAAGGCCGCGACGGCGGGCGCAAACGCAAAUGCAGCGGGCGAGGAGCCAGCGGCCGGGGAGAGCGGCGAGGCGGCGGAGGCGGCCGCACCGCUGGAGGUGCGGCUGGGCGAGGAGAAGGAGGAGCCUCUAGCUGCCCAGACCUCCUCGGCGGGUCGCAGGCGCCUGCUGCGCAGGCUGUUCUAG